CAUCAUUUCACACUCAAUACACAAUUCUCACCACAUCACAGUGAAAAAGGUUUAAAAAAUGGCCAGUCUUCGCCGUCCAGCUCUCAUCUCUUCGAUCCUCCUUAUGAUAUCUCUGUCAUCUCUCUUGUUCGCUUCGUCUGCCUCUGCCACUGAAAUGCGCCGUUUUCUCGAUGAAGAAGAAGUCCCCGAGCUUCCAGAGCCGGAGGAGCCGGAAGUUCCCGAGGAGCCUGAGGUGCCCGAGAUUCCGGAGGAGCCAGAAGUUCCCGACGAGCCGGAGGAGCCGGAGUAUCCGCCAGAGCUGCCCAAGUUCGAGCUGCCGCCAUUCUUUCCGAGCUUUCCGGGUUUCCCCGGCGGAAAACUGGCGAAGCCCGAGGUUUCCAAACAGGCGGCGGUGGAGGAUAACGGGAAAAAACUUUCCGGCGAAAGCCAGAGUGGGUCAAAGACAAAGCCCUAGAUCAUGGGUUUGUCGUGCUUGAUCGUAUAAUACAGGCAUGUCCUCCUCGUGGCUGUGUUGAAGGUUGAUAAAAACAAGAGUAUUCCUAUAUUGGGUUUGGAUUAUUUCGGUUACAUUUUUUCUGUUAUAUGUUAUCAUGCCUGAUGCCGACAUUUUCUAGAUUUCAUGUUCUUGCUUUGGUUGUUGUAAAAUUACUCUCUUCUGUCAUAUCUAAUUAUUAUUAUUAUUAUUAGUAGUA